AUGUCUUAUUUAAGUCGAAAACAACGAGGCCGCUACGCGACUAACGCAUGCACUAAUUGCCGAAGAAAACACGCAAAAUGUUCCGGAGAAGCUAUUUGCACAAAUUGUGAAUCAUACAGACUUACCUGUAUUUAUGUUAAGACGGGUAAAAAACGGAGAUCGAAAGCUGCUAAUAAAUCAGCUAACGUUUUUGAAGAUAACUCCAGUGAAGCCUCAAAUAUCGAACAAGAACACUCAUCAACUCAAUUUAACAUACCUAUUCCUUUCAACCUUGACAAUAAUUAUAAUAAAGAAUUUCAACCAAUCCAAAAUGGGUUCUUUUCAAAAAUUAAUACCAAUAUGUUUGAUAAUUCUGGUAAAACUCCAAAUAUCGAACAAGAACACUCAUCAAUUCAAUUUAACGUACCUAUUCCUUUCUACCCCAACUAUAACUAUAACGAAGAAUUUCAACCAAUACAAAAUGGAUUCUUUUCAAAUAUUAAUGCCAAUGAUAUGAUGCUUAAUAAUAACGUACUCGUUAACUUUUUUGGUAACACAUUUUCUUUACCUAAUCGUUUAUCCACUUGUUCUUCUUCUAUUGCUUCUAAUUUAGAUUAUUUGUCCAA